AUGUUCUACAGCCACAAGCCUGGCAAGAGGAGGUACUAUGAAAACGAAAUUGUGGACUUGCCGUUCCUUCUCAAUGCGCCAAGGAUACUAACUGAGAACGAGUUUAAAAGAAAAUUACCAGAUGCAUCUUAUUCUCAAUAUUUUGACUACUUUCUAAAACGAAAAACAUUAGAUAUAUUUUUAAAGUACUCAAAUGCCCAGUGGUUCAAGGAUAGGUAUUUAAAUGAUAGCGUAGAAUAUUCUUCUCCCAAAGAUAUUCAAAAUUUUACUCAAAAGCAGGCCAGCAAGUUCAUUCAAAUUAAAAACAUUUCAGGGCAUGUACCACUUUCUGAGGUAGUGGCCAAAGUUAAGUCAAUUAUUCCUACCUCCGAGAUUCUUGUUUCGCAAAACGGAUCGGAAAAUAACUUCACAAGGAAUAUGUUUGUGGUUGGAAAUGGUUUCGGCCAGGAAUUAGCAAUUGACAAUUUACGGGCGCUUUUUGAUGUAGACAUUGCUGACAUAUCUGGCAAGGAAGUUACAAAUUUUAGCAUGGCAAAUCUGGAUCAAGCACAGAGGAUAUUUGAGGAAUUAUUAAAAUACGAAAAUAAAGACUGCAUCACUGAGAAUUUAGCCAACGAGGUCAGAUCCAAAAAGGACAUUGACACAUAUGCUAAAGUUUUGAGAGAGGAUUUUUAUUUUUGCAUAGAUUGCUGUAAAAAAUUUGAUAAUUGGGUUGACAUGGUGUUGAGUUGUUCAAAGCAUUCCCAAAAUGACUUUUGUUCAAGAAAAUUUGAUAUUCUCGGCCAUCCUAAAAAUAUAUAUCUGAUUAAGCAGUCUACCGAGAGCUUUGAAAGGUACUAUUCAAAGACCCAGGAAAAGAAUUACAUGUGUAAUCAAUGUGAAAAGACGUUUUUAUCUGUAGAGUUUGUUACAAAUCAUCUGAGAAACAAGCACAAAGAUAUCGUCUCAAGGAUUAUGGAGAGUAACUCAAAGUUAUUCCGAUUCUUGGACAGAAUUGACUUUUUUAUGUUUGAAAUGAUAUUUGGAACUGACCAGAAAUCAGUUCCAUACUAUGGAAUAUGCAAUGUCAGAGAAGGUGCUGUAGUAUAUGACAUUCCGUGUGUAUUUUCAGGUGAGAUCAAGUUCGAUUAA